AGGGAAAAAGCUACAGCAGGCUAUCGGCACCUUGUGUCCUCUCCACGUACCUUGAAACAAACGAUUCCCGCAAUGCGUCCUCCGCGUAAGAAGGUCGACUUCCUCGGCGGCGACAAAGUCGAGGUCUGCAGCAACGAGGACGGCUUCCUCGGCUCCUACUACGCCGCCACCGUCCUCUCCCGCCUCGACAACGGCCUCUACGUCGUCCGCUACGACACGCUCCUCCAGGACGACGAGUCCCAGCCCCUCUCCGAGACCCUCUUCCCCAAGGAGCUCCGCCCCGCCCCGCCGCCCCUCCCCGCCAAGGACUUCUCCCUCUACCAGCGCGUCGACGCCUUCGACAACGACGGCUGGUGGCUCGGCCAGAUCACCGGCCGCUGCGACCACUCCAAAUACUAUGUCUACUUCGUCACCACCAAUGAGGAGAUUGCCUACCCCGCCUCCCGAAUUAGGGUUCAUCAAGAGUGGCUCAAUGGGGAGUGGGUUUUGUCCGAUUGAUCCACCGCCAUUCUCUUCUACCAUAUGGGAAUGCCAAUUGUACACUCUCUCUCUUCUUACUACUUACUAGCCUCUAAUUUGUACUUUACAUUGCCAAUCAUGCUAAACGCUGCGUUUCCAUUCUUUUGCUUUUCUCUAACUCUGCUUGUUCUUCUUCUUGUC